GAAAUCUACAGACUCGACGCCCGCCAUUGAUACGACAGUUCCUCAGACCAGCCUACUUACCGGAUAUUCAUUCGUUCGAGGAUACCAGCACCAUGAAGUGUCAUACGAUGGGCACAUCAACACAAGGAUUGUUAUCUGGUCAAUGCGGUAGCAAACCCAUAUCAUGGUCUUUAUGGCCAAAUAGAAGUUCAAGUCCAGCAAAUAUAUAUGGAUUCCAAUAUAAUUUGGUUCGCUGGUGUUUGAGGAAGGAUUUUCGGAAAUUCUAUAAUGUAAAUCAAGACUAUUGUCUGAGUCAUGGUAUUCGCUAUGCCCACUGGAGACUAUUUUGUUUGCCUACCACUCUUCAGGAAGAAUCGUCAUCACCGCAGUCAAAAAAUUCCUCAAAGGGCAAUGAGUAUGGUUCAGAGGCUUCCUCAGAAGACGUUCUUGAACAACCAAUCAGCAAUGAUCAGCUGAAGUCACUUCUUGCUGAUCAUGAGAGGGCGAAGCUCUUAAGGAAGCUGAGUGAGGCCAAUCAACAUAACCGGUAUCUCAAGCGUCAGUUGCUUGUAAGGGAAGAUGCUUUCACUCAAUUUAAAAGUGAACUUGCUAUCACUGAACUUGAGCUUCAGGUUAUGCUCAUUAACUCCAUUGUGUUCUUGAGUUUGGCAUUAUUAAAUAUGGCAAAAGAAAUCGUUAGUUAUGGCAUUCCAGCAGGUUCAAGAAAAAUAAAUGGGAAAUACAUUCAGUCUCUUCUUCUUUUACAGUUACAAGGCAUCCAAGAGAAGUUAAAGAAACAGAUAAAGGACGUGGAACUUACACAGUCGAAAGAGGUGUCGUUAUUCUGGUCUGGCAUGGCAGAGAGUGUGCAGGUAAUGGGUUCAUUCGAUGGCUGGAGUCACGGAGAAUACUUAUCAGCAGAGUAUACGGGUUCUUACACUAGGUUCUCCACAUCAAUAAUGCUUAGACCUGGAAGGUAUGAAAUCAAAUUCUUGGUGGACGGUGAGUGGCUCUUGUCACCGGAUUAUCCGACUGUUGGAGAGGGAUUACUCGAGAAUAACUUGUUGAUCAUUGAAUAACACUCGAUCCAAUGUGUCGUCGUAAUUACUUAAUAAUGUAACGUGUGAAGUGAUCGAUAUGCAUGUUUCACCUUUUACUCAACUUGUAGUUCUAUUAUCAUACCAACAUUGUAUAUAUUCUUCUGAAAUUGCUUCUAGUUUUCACAUUUUCUA